UCCCACUGAAUCCCCAAACCCACGGGUCCCCUACUACUCUACCAACUGCAGUGCCCAGUGUGGACCCGUCUCAGGGGAGGUCCGAACUGCAGAUUUGGUGUUCGUAAGCCUAUAACUGACAGGCAUUGAAAGCUGCAGGUUGCCGCCGAUUUGUAAGAAGUUAGUGCAGGUGGAGAAGAGUAGGAGUCCGUGGAUUGAGGCCCGAGGGAUUCCCAACGUUACGCAAGGAGAGUCGAGCAAAGACUUGGGCGUUCAGCGAGGGAGAGGGAAAGCUUGGAGAGUGUCGUGGCCCAGAGGCAGGUGACAGAAUUUCUGGGAGCAGAGUGGUCAGCCCUCUGCUCAGAGUUGCCAGACCAAUUAAAAGGGGGAGAUAAUUGGCUGUUGGUUUUAGCAGUGUGGAGGUUGGGGCCUCCAUCAUAGCAGUUUUAAUGGCGUGGUGGGGGCCAAAGCGUUCAAGAGAGAAUGAGGAAAGAAAUUGGGAGACCACGAGUAUCGACGAACCUUUGCAGAUGUUUUGCCGCAAAGGGGAGCCGAAAAAUGGGUCAGUAACUGGAAGGACAGAUGGUUCCUUCCUCAGCUUCAGGUCAAGUUCGAGGUUAUUAUGUAGACUGGAAAAUGCUGCGUGAUGUGAAGAGACGAAAAAUUGCCUACGAGUAUGCAGAUGAGAGGCUUCGAAUCAAUUCCCUCAGGAAGAAUACCAUUUUGCCAAAAGAUCUUCAGGAAGUGGCUGAUGGAGAAAUCGCUGCCCUUCCCCGGGAUAGCUGUCCUGUUAGAAUCCGAAAUCGGUGCGUUAUGACGUCCCGUCCACGUGGUGUAAAGCGGCGCUGGAGGCUUAGUCGUAUUGUCUUCCGUCACUUAGCAGACCACGGGCAACUGUCGGGGAUCCAGCGGGCAAUGUGGUGAUCAGCUCCGGACCCACUGAGCAGGGAAACCAGGUCUGGCAAGAAGAGACUUUUCUAAUAGACAAAACCCUGGUUUUAUAGAGGUCCAAUGUAGGAGUCGUCUAGUCUACCUGAUACUGCCUGUUAAAUUACUUCUUAAUUUUAAAUUAAGAAAUUUGGAUGUUUCAUUCUGUCAGUGAACUCUGGCCAUCUGUGAGUUCUCUCUUGGACUUAAAAAUUAAACAUACUGCCUCCCUGCAUAGUACAAGGAGUACAGUAAUAAAAAAUAUUGUGAAUAUA